GUCAUAUGUUAAAGCUAAACUAGGAGUAUCUUACUGUACAUGGGAAAUAGGAAAAAAACUCAUAGAAUAUUUUUGAACGCUGCUCUAAUUGAGACCGCAAUAAAAUGUAUUUUCCUUUAUUUUAAAACAUGAGUUCGACUACAUCCACUAAAAAACGAGUUGCUCCUCCUGAGUUAGGCUGGGUUAAACACAAUUUUGAUCAAUUUGAUCACAUCUUGUUUUUCAACUACUUCUCUAGCUAUCACCAACGUCGCGCAGUCCGUCGUUUUAAAACCAUUGUUGAAUUCUGGAUUAACGACGAAUCAAAAAAGGCAACACUUCUCAAUAACUACAAUAAGUGGAGUAAGUCGAAAGAAGCGAAGUUAUACUGGAAACAAAGACAAGAAGUAAAAACUUCUUCAGAAGAAUCCUCUGCUUCAUUUUCUGAAACAAGCACUUCAACCAGUAUCACAACAAGCUUCAUAUUGAUUACCACAAAGAAUAAUAAAGAAAAAAGAAAAAAACUACUUAUAAAUACAACCAGGACAUUAAACCCAAAAUGGUAAGAUAAGUCUAAACAAAAAAAACAAAGUGUCUAAAAAACAUGGCAAUGUGUCUAACAUGAAUUUGAAAUCGUCUAAUAUAACACUUUGAAAUCGUUCAUUCUAAAUAUCAAAUCGUCCACAGAAAUUGCAAAAUCGUCUAAUGAAAAAAUUUAAAAUGUCUAAGAAAAAAUUUGCAAUUGUCUAAUUUUAGGUUAAAACCCUGUACUUUUACUCGUGGUAACUACUAGCCCUUCCCUAGAUAUUGCGCAAGGUGGAUUUCGUGAAGCUCGAAGCUCCCUUGACCAAGUCCUAU